GAGCCCCUAAGCUUCACGGGAAUGACCUCAGGACAGCGGGCGGGGCCUUGGCGUUUAUACAUAAGAUGGAGGGCAUUGGCCUACAAUAUGAGCAGUUCGAAACAUCAGUCAUUCAAACAGUCGUUCUUUCAUCAAAAUGGGUGUCAAGUCUUUCAUUGUCGCGGCAUUCGCUGCGGUUGCCAUCGCUGGACCGAUUCCCGAACCCCUCGACAUGAUGAAGCGGGCUGGGCCUGCUGCCGGACAAGUCAUCACCAAGUGCGCCAACCCUGGUCAAAUCGCUCUUGCCUACGAUGACGGCCCAUCUCAAUACACCCAGAAGCUCGUCGACACCUUGACCGCUGGUGGAGCUAAGGGCACUUUCUUCGUGACUGGUUCGCUCUACGGAUGCAUCUACAACCAAAAGAGCGCCCUCCAAAACGCCUACAAAGCCGGCCACCAGAUCGCAUCGCACACAUGGUCUCACCCUUCGAACUUCGGUUCCCUCUCCACCAACGACCUCACAUCGCAAAUGACUCGCCUCGAGCAAGCCCUCGUCAACAUCAUCGGCGUAAAGCCCACCUACAUGCGCCCCCCUUACCUCGCCACCGGCGGCAACGUGCUACCCACGAUGAAGAACCUGGGCUACCGCGUCAUCACCGACGACGUCGACUCUGGUGACUGGAACGGCAAGACGCCCCAGCAGAGCCAGCAGGUAUUCCAGCAAGCUGGUACCAGUGGCAAUGGCCACAUUCCUCUCAUGCACGAGACUUAUGCCAGCACGGUUAACACGCUCACGCCUUGGUUGAUCAACUGGGCGAAGAACAAUGGGCUUAAGAUGGUUACUGUUGCUGAGUGCCUCGGUGAUGCGUCGGGUGCGUACAAGAGUGGUACUCCCAACGGUCAGGGUACCUGCUAGAGCUUUUUGGCUGAGGCUAUUGCACCGCAUGCUCGAUCAUGUCGACCGCAGCGGAUUGGACGAAGAGUAGACGGGGAUGUUGGCGACCUUUGAUUAGUGUACAUAUUUACUUCUAGAAAGACUCUUUUACGAGAACAGAAUUUCUGCUUCACCCGC